GGCCGCAGAGCCGCCAUGCCGGAGCCGCGCGCUGCGUCGCCGCUGCGGGUGAACUCGGCGUUCGCCGCGCGGUACGGCCGCUACCGGGAGCGCGAGGAGCUGCAGCGGCUGAAGGAUCGCUACGGAGACCGGGACAGCGGCGACGACUCCAGCUCCGAGUCUGACUCAAGCGACGAGCGCGUGGAAUUUGACCCCCAGCAGGAACGAGACUUUUACAGGACACUCUCCUUGUUGAAGAAGAAGGACCCCCGCAUUUAUCAGAAAGAUGCCACCUUCUAUCAGAGAACAGCAUCCUCUUCGGAGAGCGAGGAGGAGCCAGCGGCCUCAGAGAAACAGAAGAAAGCGCGGCCCAUGUACUUGAAGGACUACGAGAGGAAGGUUAUCCUGGAGAAGGAAGGCAAAUAUGUUGACGAGGAGAACUCCGAUGUGGAGACUUCCAAUCAGAGACUCCAGGUGGGUGGGGUGGAGGCUGGGUGGGGGGCUGAGGGGCCCCGGGCUGGCCUGAGGCCCACGUCACUCUCUCCUCUGCAGCGAACCUCGUCUCAGAGUUACGUGGAGGAACAGAAACAGCUCAAGGAAGGCUUCCGGGCGUUCGUGGAGGACAGCGAGGAUGAGGACAGUGCUGGGGAGGGUGGCUCCGGGCUGCUGCAGAAACGUGCUAAAACCAGGGAGGAGAAGGCGCAGGAGGAAGCUGACUACAUGGAGUGGCUGAAGGGCCACAAAGAGCUUCAGAGCCCUGAGUCCUUGGAGGAACUGACCCAUCUCAAGGAGUACUGGAAUGACCCAGAGCUGGAGGAGGGGGAGCGAUUCCUGCGUGAUUAUAUCCUCAACAAACGCUAUGAGGAGGAGGGAGAUGAGGACGAGGAGGAGGAGGAGGAGGAGGAGGAGGAGAAAGGGGUCACCCCAGUGCAGCUGGCUGUGGAAGACUCCUCAGACGAGGGGGAGCUGUUUCUGAAGAAGCAGGAGGACUUCGAGCACAAGUACAACUUCCGCUUCGAGGAGCCCGACUCGGCCUCGGUCAAGACCUACCCGCGUAGCAUCGCGUCCUCCGUGCGCCGCAAGGACGAGCGCAGGAAGGAGAAGAGGGAGGAGACGCGGGAGCGGAAGAAGAGGGAGAAAGCAAAGAAGCGGGAGGAGCUGAAGCAGCUGAAGAACUUGAAGGGGAGGGAGAUCUUGGCCAAGCUGGAGAAGCUGCGCAAGGUCACGGGCAACGACACGCUGGGCUUCGAGGAGGGGGACCUCGAGGAUGACUUUGACCCUGCCCGGCACGACCAGCUCAUGCAGAAAUGCUUCGGGGACGAGUACUACGGCACCGCAGAGGAGGAGAAGCCACGAUUUGAGGAAGAGGAAGGGCUUGAAGAUGACUGGAACUGGGACAGCUGGGACGGGACAGACCAGGAUGGAGCCUGGAGCCAGCAGGAGCCGCACUGCGAGGACCCCGACUUCAAUAUGGACGCUGACUACGACCCCAGCCAGCAGCGGAAGAAAAAGCGCGAGGCCCCCUCCACGGGCAAGAAGAAGCGCAAGUCGCCCUUCGCCGCGGCCGUGGGGCAGGAAAAGCCCGUGUUUGACCCUGGGGACAAGACGUUCCAGGAGUACCUGGAUGAGUAUUACCGGCUGGACUACGAGGACAUCAUUGACGACCUGCCCUGUCGCUUCAAGUACCGCACCGUGGUGCCCUGCGACUUCGGGCUCAGCACCGAGGAGAUCCUGGCUGCCGACGACAAGGAACUGAACCGGUGGUGCUCCCUGAAGAAGACCUGCAUGUACAGGUCGGAGCAGGAAGAGCUGCAGGACAAGAGGGCGUACAGCCAGAAGGCCCAGAACUCCUGGAAAAAGCGGCAGAUCUUCAAGUCCCUGUGCCCAGAGACAGAGACGCCCACAGAGGCCACAGGGAAGCCACAGAGAGACAAGGGUGUCCCUCAGGAGCAGCUGGCGGUGCCUGAUGCGGCCUGCAGGAAGCGGCCCCGGCCUGAGAGCCCCCCAGCACAGGAAGAGGAGGCCCCUGUGUCACCCACCCAGAAGCCAGCCCCCCAGAGGCGGAAGAGGGGCAAGAAGGCACGGCUGCUGGGCCCCACGGUGACACUCAGUGGGCGCGAGUUCAGCCGCCAGAGACUGCAGGCCUUUGGGCUCAACCCCAGACGGCUGCACUUCCGCCAGCUGGGCCGGCAGCAGAGGAAGCAGCAGAGGCCCAAGGGUGGCUCCUGAGCGCCAAGGAGCAGGCAGGGCCCCCGCUCCUCCUUGCAGAUCAAGCCCCGGCACGGAUCCCCUUUCUAGUGACGAAGACUAUCUGCCACCAGAACCUCACGUCUACCUUGGGCAAGGCGAUCAGCCCAUCCUACAGAUGUGGAAACUGAGGCCUACUUCACAAACUUACCC